AUGCCACCAAUUCUACAUCCGCGCUCGCGGUCAACGAGCUCCCUCUUUGCUGCCACUAUGGUAGCGUCCUUCGUCAUUGUCGGCCUUCCUCACCUCUUCCCCUGUCCCGCUCCUCGCCGAACACUAGCCGAUUCACAGAUGGAGAUGACGGCCGAUGGCCAACAGAUUUUGAGACCGAGAAGGAGAAGGAAAACGUCUGACUCGCCCGAUGUGAUGCAGCACUCCAGAGAAACAAUUCCAAACGGAGCAACACAAUUCACAGAAUCAGCAACCGAAGAAGCCUCGACCUUUUAUCAGAUGGAAGCGGAGGCAGAGUCAUUGGCCCGGAUUGGACGUGAAUGCCCAGUUCCGAAGCCCCGAGGCAUAGUUGGCCAGCUUCUCGGGUUCUCGAAUAAUAGCAACAAUACGAUAGAUGGCCAACAACAAACAUCGAAGCCUACAAUAACAGUUCACGAAAAUGGCAGCUGA